UUGUUGCCCUCGGCCCCUCGCGUAAGUCGCGUUGCAAGGUCGAACGUCGAGGUAUUCAGCUAUGUCCGAAAUUGUGCUCGAUAAUUUUGGGGAUGAGAUUAGCAAGAAGGCUGCCAAGAAAGCCCAAAAAGCUGCUGAGAAAGCUGCCAAGAAAGCUCAGCAUAAAGCUGAGGAGAGAGCCACAAAUGGGAGUGCAACUAAUGAACAGUCUGGUGGACCAGCUGAAGAUGUCUCUGUUGGGAAGUAUGGCAUUUGUGAGCUGAUCUGCAGUGUAGAAAAUAAACCCGUGCAGCAUGUGAACAUAAGCCAACUCAAUGGCUCCAUGAUUGGACACACUGUGCUUGUAAGAGCAAGACUACAUACUGCCAGAGCUACAGGCAAGCAGUGCUUCUUCACCUUACGAAGCCAAGACCACAGCAUCCAGUGCGUGCUUGCUCUUGGUCCUUCAGUCUCAAAACAAAUGCUCAAGUUUGUUGCUGGUAUCAACAAAGAGAGCAUUGUGGAUGUCACUGGUGUUGUAGUUAAAGCAGCCCAGGCCGUGUCGUCCUGCACUAUAGAAGAUUUGGAGAUACAGCCAAGCUCUGUAAUGGUCGUGUCCCUCGCUGAGCCAAGACUUCCUUUGCAGAUCGACGACGCCCAGCGUGCUGAGACUGAGGGUGACGAAGUAGCACGGGUGCUGCAGGACACUCGUCUGGACCACAGAAUACUUGACCUGCGCACUGCGACCAGCCAGGCAACCUUCCGGCUGGAGGGGGGCGUGUGCCGCCUCUUCAGGGAAUACCUCACUGCCAAGGGCUUCACAGAGAUAAUGUGUCCCAAGCUUAUAUCUGCUGCCAGUGAAGGAGGAGCCAACGUGUUCGGCAUGAACUACUUUGAGCGGAAAGCUUUCUUGGCGCAGUCUCCUCAGCUUUACAAGCAGAUGGCGAUCGCUGGAGACUUUGAGAAAGUCUUCACUAUCGGGCCUGUUUUCAGAGCUGAAAACUCUAACACUCACAGGCACCUGACUGAGUUCGUAGGUCUGGACAUGGAGAUGGCGUUUGUACAUCACUACCACGAAGUGAUGAUGCUCAUCGGGGACAUGUUUGUUCAUAUGUUCCGAGGGCUAGAAAAAGAACAUAAACGUGACAUUGAGCUAGUGGGAAAGCAGUUUCCUGCAACACCAUUUAGAUACCUUAGUCCUCCACUUGUACUUCAGUUUCGUGAAGGGGUACAGAUGCUGCGUGAGGCUGGAAUUGAAAUGGAGGACGACGAAGACCUGAGCACUCCAAAUGAGAAGUUGCUCGGUCAGUUGGUGAAGGCUAAGUACAACACCGACUUCUUCAUCCUGGACAAGUUCCCGCUUGCGGUGCGGCCGUUCUACACCAUGCCUGAUCCCCGCAAUAGCAAGUGGAGUAACUCCUAUGAUAUGUUCAUGAGAGGUGAAGAAAUUCUCUCUGGGGCUCAGCGAAUACACGACCCCAAACUCCUCACUGAGAGAGCCAACCAUCACGGCAUCGCCAUAGACACCAUACAGGCGUACAUUGACAGCUUCAGAUAUGGAUGCCCACCGCACGCAGGAGGAGGCAUAGGUCUGGAGCGCGUCACGAUGCUCUACCUCGGCCUGGACAACAUCAGGAAAACUUCCAUGUUCCCUCGGGACCCUAAACGCCUCACGCCCUAAUUCCUCGUACGCCAGUCUGACUCUUACUUCAUCAAUUGGAACCCGCAACGAAAAAAAAAUAUUCUCCAGUAACCUUAUACGCUUCACGCCCAGAUUCGUCUUACGCCGAUAUGAGCAUUAUUUUAUUCAUUUAUUAAUCCGCCCUGACAAUACUUCAACGUUUCUGUGAGGACCUUAACCGCCUUACGCUCUGAUUUCUUCCUCUUCACCAGUGCGACAAUUCUGUAUAAAUGGUGCACAACGCUGAAAAGAAAAUUCAAAUUAUUUGUGUAACCAUUAAUGGCUUCCUAAAUCUUGUGAAAGUGUGACAAUCUUUAAUUCAUGACUACGUAUCACCUUUGAUGUGGGUGACAUGAUAAAGUUGACUUUACCAAGUUGACGUAAUUUGAAUGUGUGCUUAUUUUUUAAUUUGAAUGUGUGAGUUUAAUAAUAAUUAACCCUUUGUAUACCGACAUUACCAGGAAUGCUGUUGUGUAGAGAAUUAACAACAGUCAAUGCAUUAGCAGUCGCCGGAAGGUUGAUGCACUGUCAUUCAACUUACCCCUGAUCACAGCCUUAUUCUAAAUUGCUGGGAUGCCGGGGCUACGUUACCCUCACGAUUUGCAACCUGAACCAAUAGUAAAAAUUUUCUCAAUUGGCUCGCCUUUAUAAAGUAACUAACGCUCGCACUUCCAGUUGAAAACGUCCAUUUCUCUUGUUGAACUAUGUACACCAACAUCGAUUAUGAUGCCUGUGACCUUAAUCUUACAUUCUGUUGUGCUGGCUUCUUUGUUGGAAAUCUCAAAAAUUCGUCUAGCUUUUCGGGAUAGUUCUGAUCAUAUUGUUUAAAUUUUGUGUUCGCUUUGCCGUGGGGGUUCAUUGACGUGUUUGGGUCGAAUAUUGACGCCUGCUCAUA